AUGUCUUUCCACCACAUGAGCGACCAGCACUACAGAUCCGCCGCCAACAUGGACCAGGAAACCUUGCAGCUUGUGCCGGACUUUGUCUUCCCUCCUCGCCCUAUCACAGAGCAGUCCACCAUGUCAAACCCUAGACGACCCGCAUCUAUGAACCUGGCUCCCAGCUCAUACCACGGCCGCUCUAGUUCAAAGCGACAGUCCACAUCCGCACUGCCAACCUUCAGCUUCAACUCGUCCGACACUUCUGGCCGUUUGGACAAUCAACCUUCAUCGCCCACAAUUCUCACGCCCCCUGUCAGCCCACCAAAGAGCGCCGGACACCGUAGAGGAGCGAGUGAGCUGGUUGGCGGAGACAGUCGAAUGGGCUUGAUGCUAGGACCUAGUCCAUCAAAACAUCUCGGCGCUCUGCCUGUGCCAGACAUCACUGGUUCACCAUCUCGUAGACGCGGACAUACCCACCGUAGAUCAACUGCCAUAUCCGGUCACGAUCUAGCCAGCAUACUCCAACCCAGAGACGCCAAUGUACGACCUCAGACCGCCAUCCCUCAGACGCCUGCCGAACCUAUUUCUCAACCACAAUAUCCUUCGCCUGCCAAAUCAGUGACUGAGGGACGCAAGUCUAGCGAAAGCAUCAUGACCGUGCUAUCUUCAUCUGGACCUCUGGCCGAAGAAUCCGUUGCACGCCCCCCUUCUAGGCCCCGCGUUGGUUUCUCCGAAAAGAUCGAAUUCAUUCCACGUCCUCUUUCUACCGUUUCUGCAGACACUGCCAGCUCCGUAUCAACUGUGCGUGGCCACUCGGUUGGAAACAGCAUGUCUUCGCUCAUCAGUCUUGGUGGUAUCGGAAAUCCUUCUCCUAGAAGGACAAUGAUUACGAUACCCGAUCUUGCUUCUGAGAUUUCGCCUAGAUCAUUGCUGGCUAUCGCAUCUGACUCCGUGGCUGCAGAGCCGGUUGUUCUGAACUCUCCCCCAACCUUCAAUCUUCCCACCAACCGCCUAUCUUUCGCCCUGGACCCCGCCAAUGAAGUUCCUCGGCUCUCCAAGAAGAAGACCUUCUUGAAGCUUGAUCGCCGCCGCAGUGAGCCUUUGAUCUCUCUAACUGCUUCUGCGGAUAUUGGUACCUCAACCAUCUCUCUGCAGGAGCCUGUCUUCCGUGAUGACUCCCAGAUACCUGCAAGAAAGCCAGAAACUGUCGAUCAAGGCCUGCAUCGCGAGUCUUCACGGAAGAGAGUCAAGAAGUGGGCAACCUCGAUUCUUGGGCGUAAGACUAAGGAUGCAAAGAAGGCAAAACAAACAGCCGAUGCUUCAGAGGAGAGUGAGAAUGGCGAACAGACUCCUGAUCUGGGACCUCAGCUGGCAGAUCCUUUUGGAGAGGAGCCUGACCUCGAUGCUCUGUUUGGCCAAGAUCCUUUUACCGAUGCCGAUGAUUUCGCAAGCCCUUCAAUCCUCUCACCACAAUCGGAAAUGUCUGAUUCGUUCUUCCCCUUCCUGUCGCCUUCGUCACCAGGUGGUGAUGAUACAAGCCCCGUCAUUGAUUUGGACGCCGCUCUCGGACCUUACGGAACACCCACGAUGAGUUGGGAAGAAUCGCGUCCUGCUACGAAGAGAAGACAACUGCACAGCAGUCGACUGGCCAGAGACUUCACCGGACCAGGCAUGCACUACCACCGUAGAACCGAAAGUGCCCCUGCUUUGGUCCCAUUCGAAUUCGCUGGUAGAUCCACCUCGCCAGGACAAUCGCCUAUGGACGACGUUUUCGAAGAAGAGGAAGACGAGGCCCCUGUUGCAGUCGUCAGAGAACCAAGCAUCUGCGACACAUCGAGCCAGACUGAUGAGGAGUUCAGCACUGGUAUUCAGAUCGUUGAUGCCGCCAACGCGCAGCUCGAGCCAAACUUUGACUGGAGCUUUGAAGAUGGUCUUGGAAUCGAACAUCAAGGUUCGCUGAGAAAUGCUCAAACUUUUGAUUGCCCCCAGCGUCAGCCCACUCCGCCUCGCACAUCGUUGGUUGAGGAUACCAUCGUUGAGGAACCCACAUCGGCAGAGACUGUGUCAGACUACGAAGAACCUCGAACUUCGUCCCUUACGAAGUCCUCUGAAUCUAGUGGUGCUCGCACUAUCUCAGCAGAGGACACUGGCCUUGGUCUUCCUGCUCCAAACGACGGUCCUCUUACACCCAUAUCCAACAUUGCUUCGACAUUCUCGUCUCCUGACCUCGGACACAAUCCAGGUUCAUUUGACGCUCUACGCGUUGGUACGUCGGCAUCUUCGAUUGCCGACGUUCGUACCAUGAGCUCCUUCACCACUGCAGAGCCCACCCCUGAGCUAUACAUGUCCGCCGAUGAUGUUCCCUCUUUGACUAGCAGUCGUUCGACCAUGAUUAGUACCAUGUAUCAGACCAGUCCUCGCCGCGAAACCAUGGAACGACCGGUUUCGGUGGCAUGUGGCAAUGGUCAAGCAGACAUGCAAGCUUCCGAACGUCGUCGCAAGCGCUCAAGCAUUCAGAGCUUGAGCAUGCUCCUAGGUGGUCCCUUUGGCGAGAGCAGGAACAGUCUCAGGAGCGAACGACGUCCCCAGACAGCCAUCGCAGCAUCAGUCCAUCAGGACAGCAAGAGGAAGAAGGAGAAUCGCCUCAGCAAGCUGAUGUUCUGGAGAUCCAAGAGCGACUCACGUACCAACCCUUUCCAGACCAAGUGA